AUGGCGGACCAACGAGUUGAGGCUACAGCAGCGGUGGAGGCCGCGACGCUGAGCCCAAAGGCUGCAGAGCAGCCCAGUACUCCUGCGUUCUCAUACGCUGCAGCUGCAGCAGCCCCAGCAGCUCCGGAACCCUCUAAGACGACGAAGAAGAAGGUUCUUCACUUGGUCAUCGACUCUGGUGCAAUCAUCAAGGGCACUAACCUGGCCGUACUAGCCGAAAAUUUCUGGACAGUCCCUGAUGUGCUGGACGAGAUCCGCGAUAAGAAGUCGCGUGCCAUUCUGGAGCGACUCCCGUUCACUCUGCAGACUCGUGAGCCGUCAGCUGAGGCCAUGAAGGCUGUUGUCAACUUUUCGCGCAAGACUGGAGACUUUACGUACCUCUCGCUCACGGAUCUGCGUGUCAUGGCGCUGUCCUAUCAACUGGAGGUCGAGGCCAACGGUGCCGACCAUUUGCGCACCAGCCCUAAGCUCUCACAGACUGUCACGCGUGCAGCCAAUGGCAAGAUCGUCGGUGGUUCGCAGACCAACAUUCCGUGCAAAUAUUUCGGCACGGCUAUGGGUUGUAAGUACGGAGACGAGUGCAGAUUUACACACGACGAAGCGGCCGCUGCCAGUGCUGAGGAUGGCGCUGAGACUCCCAGAAAGAAGGUCGACAUUCCGUGUCGCUUCUUUAACACCCCCGAAGGCUGCAAGUACGGCGACGACUGCUCGUUCGUCCACGAAGAGAAGACGGAGAGUGAGGAACCCACCGAGGACGAGGAAGCUGAGGAACCGGUGGUCGAACAGGUGAUCAGCGAGGAGAUCCGUAACGCUGACGUCAAGUCGCGCAUUAUGGGAGGGUUCGCAGCGUCCAGCAACGCUGGUGCCGCUGAGGAUGACGGCAAGAACUGGAUCACUGGCGACAACUUCGCCAAGUUCACAGCUUCUCCAUUCGGAGACGGCAAAGGACUCGAGGAGAUCUCGUCUCGACUGCCUGUUGCGUGCAUCACGACGGAUUUCUCCAUGCAGAACGUGAUGCUGCAGAUUGGACUGCGUCUUCUGUCGACGGAAGGAAUGAUCAUCAAGCGCGUGAAGCAGUGGAUCUUGCGCUGCAUCGCUUGCUUCACGACAUCCACCGAGAUGGAUCGUAUGUUCUGUCCCAAGUGCGGUAACAGCACGAUGGAGCGCGUGUCGUACAGUCUCGACCGUGACGGCCACAUGACGUUCUACACGCGAGCGAAUCGCCCCACGAAGCUUUCAGGCACCAAGUUCUCCCUGCCCAAGCCCAAGGGCGGUCGAAAUGGAGACUUGCUGCUGCGUGAGGAUCAGCUUCUGGUCGGUAUCUGGGGCCAGCGUCAGCGUCAGCACAAGAAGGUCAUGCAGAGCGCGUUCGGCGAGAACGUAGCGCACGAUCUGGGCGUCAAGGCCGAGAAGCAGACAGGAAUUCAGGUGGGCUACGGCCGCAUGAACCCCAACGCACAGAAGGGUCGUGAACGUCGUGGCAAGAAGAAGAAACGCAACUAG